AUGUCAGCCGGAGGAGACCUGGGGAACCCGCUCAGAAAAUUUAAACUCGUUUUUCUGGGAGAGCAAAGCGUGGGGAAAACAUCUCUCAUCACCAGAUUCAUGUAUGACAGUUUUGACAACACAUAUCAGGCAACCAUUGGAAUAGACUUUCUAUCAAAGACCAUGUACCUGGAAGAUCGAACAGUAAGGCUGCAGUUGUGGGAUACUGCAGGACAGGAGCGCUUCAGGAGUCUCAUACCCAGUUACAUUCGGGACUCAACAGUGGCUGUUGUGGUCUACGAUAUCACAAAUGUAAACUCGUUCCAGCAGACUACCAAGUGGAUUGAUGACGUCAGGACAGAGAGAGGAAGUGAUGUCAUCAUUAUGCUCGUAGGCAACAAGACCGAUCUGGAGGAAAAGAGGCAAAUCACGAUUGAAGAAGGCGAGCAAAGAGCCAAAGAACUGAACGUCAUGUUCAUUGAGACCAGUGCCAAGACAGGCUGCAAUGUCAAACAGCUGUUCCGUCGCGUUGCCGCAGCUCUACCAGGCAUGGAAAGCUUGGACGAUGCAAACCCUGAAGGCAUGAUUGACAUAAAGCUGGACAAACCAGCAGAGCCUGCUGUGCCAGAAGGCGGGUGCUCGUGUUAA